UGUGGUGUAAUUGCGAUGCGCCCAGCAGAUCCACUUCGAUUUUUAGAAGAAAAGCUCAAGGAGAUAAUAGGAAAUAAAAUAAAUCCUGCCUCAUGGUAUACGUGUAUCGAUCUGUCUUUAUACCCAGAAUUAAAGAUUAUCUCAGAAACUUACCUGAAUGCAUUUUUUGGACUAGAUGGUGGACAACUGAUGACUAAGGAAUUGUGUAACAAAGCAUGGAACUUUUACAGCGCAAAGUUACUGAAGCUGUAUUUUGGAAGAUGGAUAAAAUAUAUUCUGCAGAAAAAGAAUGAAAGGAUAAAGAUAAAGCAGAUGAUGGCUGUAGCAGUAGCCCAUUACAAGGUCAAAAAAUUAAGAGUAAGUCUGCAUAAAUGGGUCAUGUGGAAGCAGAUUCAGAAGGAAAAAAUUGCAUUGGCAGAAAUGAGACUGCAUCAGAUCUUUAACAAAAUAUAUUUAAAGGCUGUCGUUAAAGCUUGGCAUGAAGAGGCCCACAGUUCUAGGAAAAUGAAAACAUAUUUUGAGAGUUUGGCAAAGGCAAGUCAAGAAGAAUCUUUUGAAUCAAAUGAUCUUAAUGAUGUUACUGAUCCUACUGUCCGACGUGCCAUGUCUGGGGUGAAAACAUCCCAGUUACCAGAGGAAGCCUUAUUACAGAUUUUCCGUUAUGUAAAUUUAGUUGAUCUGGCAAGAUGUGCUCAAGUUAGCCAAAUGUGGAUGUUAUUAACUCAGAACAGUUCAUUAUGGAGUGACAUCAAUUUUUCAGCAGUGAAGCAUAAAAUUCAGGACCAGAUAGUAGUCGAUAUUUUGCAGAAGUGGCGUCCAUAUGUAUUACACUUGAAUCUCCGAGGCUGCAGUUCUCUUCACUGGCCCAGCUUUAGAAGUAUUAGUGAAUGUAAGAAUUUGCAAGACUUAAAUCUCUCGGAAUGCCAGGGAUUAACUGAUGAAUCCAUGAGACUCAUAUCAGAAGGCUGCAGAGCUCUUAUCUGUUUAAAUCUGUCAUAUACAGAUAUUACUAAUGGAACACUACGACUAUUGUCAAGCUGCUUUCCCAAUUUGCAAUAUCUGAGUUUAGCUCACUGCAAAAAAUUCACAGACAAAGGAUUACUGUACCUGGGCUCUGGAAGAGGCUGUCACAAGCUCAUCUAUUUGGACAUUUCAGGUUGCACACAGAUUUCAGUUGAUGGCUUCAGAAAUCUUGCCGAAGGCUGCAGUGGGAUUAAAGAUUUGCUAAUGAACAAAAUGCCAACUCUCACAGACUUAUGUAUUCAAGUUCUGGUUCAAAAAUGCCAACAGAUAAUGUCUGUUGCCUUUCUUGACUCGCCACAUCUUUCUGAUAAAAGUUUUGAAGCCCUUGCUCAACAUAAACUUGUCAAGGUCAGCAUUGAAGGAAAUAACCAAAUUACUGAUUUAAGUUUAAAGUUUAUAAGUAAAUGCUGCCCAUACAUGAGGCACAUUCAUAUGGCUAAUUGCCAGACGAUUACAGAUGCUGGUCUGGAGAUGAUUUCAACAUUGGAGCAUAUUCUUGUACUGAAUUUAGCAGACUGCACAAGGAUCAGUGAUGAAGGUGUAAGUCUAUUUGUACAAGGUUCUUCAGGAGCUAAGCUGAGAGAGCUGAAUUUAGCUAAUUGUAUUAAUGUCACUGAUGCUUCUGUCAUGGAAAUAGCACAAAGGUGUUAUGCAUUGACCUACCUAAGUCUACGUUACUGUGAAAAUGUGACCGAUGCUGGAAUUGAAGCCUUGGUAGAGAUGUCAUCCUUGAUAUCCAUUGAUAUCUCUGGAACCAGCAUCUCAGAUACGGGCUUGAGAGCUCUUGCCUGCCAUGGAAAAAUCAAGGAACUUGCUGUAUCAGAAUGCAAAAACAUCAGUGAUUCUGGAAUUCAGGAUUUCUGUGAGGGCACAAGAUACCUGGAAUGCUGCCAUAUCAGCAGCUGCCCUCAGCUGUCGGAUGAUGCUGUGAAAGCAAUGGCAUUUCACUGCCAGAGACUGACAGCUGUCAGCAUAGCAGGUUGUCCAGAGAUGACUGAUACCUGCAUCCAAUACUUGGCUGCAUCCUGCCGUUAUCUCUGCUUCUUGGAUGUCUCGGGUUGCAUUCAUCUUACUGACAAAGCACUGAAGUAUCUUUGGGAAAGCUGCAAGCAACUCAAGGUUCUCAAGAUGCUGUACUGCAGAAAUAUUACCAAACAAGCUGUCUUGAAAUACACAGCCAAACUGGAGAAACAUGAACAUAGUAAUACUGACCCUCCUUCCUGGUUUGGAUAUGACCGGGAUGGCAACAUACUUCUGACACCUAAAAACAAACAUGGGAGCCUGAAUAUACACAUUCUUCAGAAUGAAAGAUGA